UUGACAAAACACUGCGCAGGGAUCAAGCAGCCUUGUCCUUCAGUGCUGCUAGCCGGUUAGCCUUCACUACGCUUCAUUGUUGGGAGUGUUAAUAACAACAGCACGUAAAAGGAAAUUACACCGCUGUGGACCAUGGCGGCAAGGAUUUUGCCCGUAGUGAAACUGGCCACCAAGGUGACCAUUGCAGGAGGAGCCCUGUACGUUGCUGUUGACUCUGGUCUGUUGGGAAGCAGUGAGCAGGGCUCGAAGGCCCUGGAAAAGGCCAAAGCAGCAGUUCCACCUGCCAUAGAAGAAUGGAUGAAGUACUUUGGCCUGGAGGCUCAGCUUCCAACCGUGCCUAAGAUUGAAUUUUCCCCUGUUGAGACGUGGAACUCUGGAGUGCGGUGGACCAUCUCAAGUCUUUCUGAAGCUCCAACAAAAGCAAGCGAAUACACAAGUCAGGGACUGCAGUACCUGAAGGACCUCACCAAGUGAACAGGAACUCUCCGGGUGACCUGACAAUUUCAAUCCGCUUGACUUUUGCACUUGAGAAAGACAUUUACUUCUAUAAAAGUUGUAACCCCUCCACGAGACAGAAGAAACACCCAACAAGAAAGAAAACUCUAGAUGAAAAGAAGUUGUGAAAUCCAGCUACAACGAGCGUACUCUGCUGAACGAGUACUGUGGUUAUUUAACUGAUAGUGGUAUUAUGUGGGCAUUGUACAUGAUGCUGGGAAACAAAAUGUAUUUAAAACAAAACGUUCUGUCAUUUUGUGUGUACCACAGAUGGAAUUAUUAACACUGUCCAAUGUAGAGUGUUACGUUACCCUGUUCUCACCCAACCCAAAUAAUGUUGUGAAGAGGAUGUCUGUUGUAUAUGCAAUUUCACAAUUUGCGAGUAAUACAUCGAUCUUAAAACAUG